AUGUAUGGAUUAAGUGAACUUCCCUAUUCUUCAAGGAAAAGUCUAGACUAUACGAAUACUUUGUCUGAAAGAGAAAGUUUAGCCCUCGCCGGUCCUGCAAUCAGCUACAUGACUCAGCGGGUAUACUUUGAUUUUGAGCGAGAAAGAGAAAUGUUGCAGUGCAUAUUUCUUCUGUCCGAUUCCGGAGAGGUGAUGCUAGAGAAACAGCUUACUGGGCACCGCGUAGAUCGCUCAAUAUGUGCCUGGUUCUGGGACCAAGCCAUUUCUCAACCUGAUUCCUUCAAGCAACAACCAGUUAUUGCUUCCCCCACGCAUUAUCUAUUCCAAAUUUUUCGUGAGGGAAUAACUUUUUUGGCUUGCACUCAAGUCGAAAUGCCACCAUUGAUGGCCAUUGAAUUCCUUUGUAGGGUAGCUGACGUUCUCAAUGAAUAUCUUGGGGGAUUGAAUGAAGACUUGAUCAAAGACAACUUUGUCAUUGUGUAUGAGCUUCUGGAUGAGAUGAUAGACAAUGGCUUCCCGCUAACUACGGAACCUAACAUCCUGCGAGAGAUGAUAGCUCCACCAAAUAUCGUUAGCAAAGUCUUGAGUGUUGUGACUGGCAGCAGCUCCAAUGUGAGUGACACCCUCCCAGGUGCUACUGCAUCUCUUGUUCCCUGGAGAACAGCAGACACAAAGUAUGCCAACAAUGAAAUUUAUGUAGAUCUUGUUGAAGAAAUGGAUGCAACGAUAAACAGGGACGGAGUUCUAGUGAAAUGUGAGAUCAAUGGUGAGGUUCAAGUGAAUUCCCAUAUAACAGGGCUUCCUGAUUUGACUCUUUCAUUUUCAAAUCCUUCAAUCCUUGAUGAUGUGAGGUUCCAUCCCUGUGUUAGAUAUCGGCCCUGGGAAUCCCAUCAAUUUCUUUCAUUCGUGCCCCCUGAUGGGCAAUUUAAGCUCAUGAGUUACAGAGUCAGAAAAUUGAAGAACACCCCGAUAUAUGUAAAGCCACAGUUGACUUCAGAUGGUGGAACAUGCCGUGUUAGUGUAUUGGUUGGAAUAAGAAAUGAUCCUGGAAAGACAAUUGAUUCCGUUACUGUUCAGUUUCAGCUUCCUUCUUGCGUCUUAUCAGCUGAUCUGACUUCAAAUUAUGGAAUAGUAAAUAUACUGUCUAACAAGACAUGCUUUUGGUCCAUUGGUCGGAUCCCAAAGGAUAAAGCCCCUUCAAUGUCAGGAACAUUGGUGCUGGAGACUGGAUUGGAGCGCCUUCAUGUCUUUCCCACAUUUCAAGUGGGUUUUAGGAUUAUGGGUGUUGCCCUCUCGGGUCUGCAAAUAGAUAAACUAGAUCUUAAGACUGUACCGUACCGUUUUUAUAAAGGUUUUCGAGCUCUUACUCGGGCAGGGGAAUUUGAAGUGAGGUCCUAA